AUGGCCGUAAACACGUCCUCAGCCUCUAUAGAACCUACCUUACAACCAGAUGGAUCCACAAGUGGCAAUUUCACCCUAGAAAACAUCCUCGGAAUGAACCACGAAGCAGUUGAACACCCACAACUCAAGGAAAAAGAAAACAAUGUUGAGAUGAAUGACUCUGAUGAAGAACUCAGCCAUAUAUCAAUCGAAGCAUCCAAGGCGCCCAUCUCUACCCAGUUACUAGGCGCCCAACCUACAAUUGGAUCCAAAGUCGGCGAGUGGUUCAUCGACCAUUCGAAAUACAUCCCUCUUCAACUCACAUACGCUGGCAAGCGUGCAGAGCACUUGAGUGCUACUGAUUGUCCAUCUCCUCUCUCUCAUUCUCAUUCUCCUCCUUGUCUUCUUCCCUUCACCUGCUCUUGUCCAUUGUCUGUAUUUGUCUGA